AUGAAGAGUAGAAAAAUUGAUUCUUUUUUCAAGAGGAAAGAAAGAGAUGAAGAGGAUUUCACACCUAUUCCCGAACCUCAAAUAGUUCUUGGGAAUCCAAGAAUUGAAGAAAAUAUUAAUAGAGUUUGUUCGGAUGACAUUGAGAAUUCUUUAGAAUGCGGUCCUAGAAAACGACCUUCAAUGUGGGAAUAUAAUGUAAAUCAAAUGAAUGAAAUACGAAGAGCUAGCUUAUUUAAAAUGGGGUCCAUAUCAAAUGAAUUUAGAGCAAUAUCCAUUAUCUGCAAAAGACCAAGUGGACGCCCUGGUUCCGAUGUCUUCAUUUCUACAGGUUUUAGAGGUUGGAAGAAAGUUAGAAAUGGAAAGAAUUGUGCAUUUCUUAAACACAUAGGGAAAGAUCCUUGUUCACCACAUAAUAAUGCUAUGAAAGUUUGUCAAGACUUAUUGAAUCAAGAUGUGUGUGCUUUUAGAGGUCACGAUGAAAGUACAACAUCAUCAAACCAAGGUAAUUUUCUUGAGUUGAUAAAACUCUUAGCAUGUUGUAAUGAUGAAGUUGCAAAAGUUGUGUUGGAAAAUGCUCCAUGUAACAGCGAGUAUACUUCACAUAUAAUUCAAAAAGAGAUCUUGCAUAUUCUUUCAAGUAGGGUGAAAAAGUAUAUCCGUAAAGAAAUUGGUGAUUCCAAAUUUUGUAUAAUUGUAGAUGAAGCGCAUCAUGAAUCCAAAAAAGAGCAAAUGUCUCUUGUUUUGAGAUUUGUUGAUAAAGAUGGUUUUAUACAAGAGAGAUUUUUUGGCCUUGCACGUGUUAAUGACACUACAUCUUUAACUCUUAAGCAAAAAGUUUGUGAUAUAUUUUCUCUGCAUAAUCUUGAUGUCUCAAAUAUUCAUGGUCAAGGGUAUGAUGGUGCUAGCCAUAUGAGAGGAGAACGGAACGGUUUACAAGCACUUUUUAUGAAGGAUUGUCCUUAUGCAUAUUAUGUUCAUUGUUUUGCUCAUUGA